UCUGUCUCUGCAUUUUGCAAUUGCUAAACCUAAACCCAAAACCCGAUGAAUAAGAACGCCAUUGCUUGAUUUGUGAUGAGUGGUGACCGAAAAUUGGCGAAAGCGAAUAGGUUUUAUGCUUGCAGUUGCAGGGUUUGAAUAUUCCUUUUUGGUUGUGGGUGGAGGUGGAGGUGGAGAUGAUAACCCGUUCUAAAAUUGUGGAGCAGCUCCGAGAUUACCAGAUUCGUCACAAACGCAACCACUCUGCUCUUGUUUUGUUCUCGCCCAAGCCCCAUAUACAAACCAGGUUUGAUGUUGCUGUGGCGAUUGGUUUUGCUUUACUGUUUUUCAUGCUUGUUUUCUCAUCCCUUAUGACUCUUUACUUGAGGCACUUUUGGCUUUUUGGGGUUGUCAUAUGCUUCAAUAUAUUUCUUCCUACCCGGCUAAGAAUGUCUAGGCAAACGUUGGCGAGGAACAGGGAAAGAAGACUGCCAUUGUCCAUAUGAGAGUUCAUUCUGGUGGUAUCUUGCUUAUACACUGGUAGGCAAGGGCUUAUUUCUCGGCUUUUAAUUAAUUUGGUCUUUCGUGGUUACUCUUGGUGCUCCAAAAUACUCUCUAGGAUGCAACUUUUUCCUGCCUCUUUUUGAGGUAGAGAUGGUAUUCAUCUGCACAACCUCUAUACACAAACCAAGUGAACUUGUGGUACACUUGUUUCACAUGUAAAGCUUAUGAAACUGAGCCCAGUCAAGAGGCCUGAAAUUUCUGUUGCUUUGUUUCUUAAUUAGCGUGUAGAUUUUCAAUAUUCAAGGAAUUCGGUAUCUGCAGUGCUUUUUUAUACAUUGUCUGCAGCUUUGACUCUGUAGAGUUGUAUAACUUGCAAAUGUAAAUGGUUAUAGUUGAUGAAGAAAAAAAAGAAAAAUUGUCUCUCUGAAAAAAA